AUGGAAAAGGAAACUCUGGAAAUUGUUUCUUUGAAUGUUAGUAGUCUGAUUAUAUGUGAAGAAUGUCAGGAUGUACCUUCAAACUGCAGUAAAGAUGCCAACUCGUUAAAACCCGUGUCUUAUAUAGAAGGAGAGAGUGAUAACCUAAGAAUAGCUGAUUUUUCAUACAAUAACAUAUCAUCAAUCAAUGCUGGUGACAUCGUUGCGAUUAAACUGAUAUAUUUGAAUCUCUCCAGAAACCAAAUUAAAACUAUACACACCGAGGCUUUUCUUGAGAUCACCCUUCUUAUCUCCCUUGAUUUGUCCCACAAUAAAAUCGUACAAAUCUUUCACGGUACUUUCUCUGCACUUGAGAACUUAGAAGAGCUGUACUUGCAAGGAAAUCCCUUUCAGGUCGCUGUUGACAUGUUUAAAGGUUUGUAUAGUUUAAAGAUGAUGGAAGUAAGUUUUUAUACAGUAUGCUGUGCUAGACCAAACAGCAUAUACAAUGUCAAAUGCGUAGCUCCUGUGAAUGAAAUUUCGUCUUGUGAGCAAUUAAUAGCAGUACCGCCUCUCAAUGUCGCUAUAUGGUACAUAGCAUUGAUUGCAUCUUUUGGAAAUAUGACUGUUUUUCUAUAUAAUGCCAGUAAUUUCAAUAGCAAAAAAGCUGGGGCGUACCAUAUUCUAACAUUGAAUCUGAGUUGUGCUGAUUUUUUGAUGGGUGUUUACUUGUACACUAUUGCUAUCAUAAAUCUACAUUAUACAGGGCAGUACGGUUUAAACGAUUACGUUUGGAGGCAUAGCACUAUCUGUACCCUUUCCGGAAUUAUUGCAACUCUAUCAAGCGAAGUUUCUGCUUUUAUUGUUUUGUUGAUCACUAUGGAUAGAUUUAUUGCAGUCAAGUAUCCAUUUUCUGACUUUAAACUUACUAGAAAAAAGGGUUCUGUCCUCUUGUUUAUUGCUUUGACUCUAUCUCUUUUUCUUGCUUUGAUCCCUUUAAUACCGGAUCCUAAUCUUGAAAACUUCUACGCACAGUCUGGUAUCUGUGUUUCUCUUCCUUUGUCCAUUACUAGAAAGUCUGGAUGGCAAUACUCCAUGAUUGUAUACGUGGGAAUCAACUUUCUUCUUUUUCUUGGAAUUCUUGUUGGACAGAUUUCAAUAUUUGUUGAAGUGGUCAGUGUUGGGAGAAAUGUGCGGUCGACGAAAACAAAACAGCGGGAAUCGUCGUUGGCGAUGACACUGUUUGCGGUCGUUGUGACUGAUGUGUUUUGUUGGCUACCUAUAGGGACGAUAGGAAUGUUGACGUUUUUUGGGAUUGAGGUACAGCCUGACGUUUAUGCUUGGAUGAUAGUUGUCGUUCUGCCGAUUAACUCCGCCAUUAACCCAAUAUUAUACACCUUGACUGCAUUCAUCAGAAACAAGGUCAUGUCACACAAUUUAUUUGGAUUUCGAGACCAGAAAAAAAGCAGUCAAAGAGCCAUCAGCAGCAUGUCAGGGACUCCUUCCCGCAACAGAGACAUCAAACAUUGA